AUGGAAUUCAUAUUGGUUAUAUUGAGUUUUUACAUUACAAUAGGAAAUGCAAUUGAUUUUGAAAGUCAUGAAAAUUGGAAUUUAUUGUCUCUUGAUAAAUGUGGACAAAUUAGCACUGAUAGAAUUAUUGGUGGGACAGAAGCACCCAUGAAUGCAUACCCCUGGAUAGCUAGAAUCGGUUUUAAAAAAUUAAAUGAAAGUAAAAUAAGAUAUAAAUGCGGUGGAGUUGUGGCCAAUUCUUUUACUAUUAUUUCAGCAGCACAUUGUUUUAUAAAUAAACCCAAAUAUGAAAAAUUUGUUGUCAUACAACUUGGUGAACAUGAUGUAAGAACAAAUCCAGAUUGUAGAGAUGAUUUUUGUGCAGAUCCUGUCGUUUAUGUCCAUCCUCGAGAAAUAGUCAUACCAAUCAAUUAUAUGUACUAUAAGUAUAAACAUGAUAUUGCUAUUAUUAGAACAGAGGAAAAAAUUAAUUUUACAGGAUUUGUAAAACCUAUUUGUUUUCCAAAUAGUGAAAUGGCUCAAAGAAAUUUGACAGGAACCACUGGAGAGGUUGCAGGAUGGGGUGUUAUUGAUCCUGAUAAAUUAAAACUUAGCCCAGUUUUACAAAUGAUUAGGUUGCCGAUUGUAGAUAUUUUGGUAUGUAAAAAAAAAUUACCUUUUUAUCUUAGUAUUGGAAAGACUCAACUAUGUGUUGGAGGAAUAAAGGGAAAAGAUUCUUGUAGAGGUGAUUCUGGGGGUCCCCUCAUGACGGUUGAUGAUUCGAGCGGAGAACCAAAAUAUUAUUUGUUGGGUAUCGUUUCAUUUGGAAUAAAUAAAUGUGGUAAAACAGCUACACCUGCUGUAUAUACAAAAACUUCAGCUUACAUGAAUUGGUUAUUAGACAAUUUAGUCGAAAAUUCCGAUAAUACAAAAGUUAUAAGAAUAAAGAGGGUUCUAGAUUAA